CGCACGCUCCACUUUGCGCCGGGCGCGGAGGCGAGCGGGAUGCGCGGCCGCCGGGCUUCGCGGGAGAGGAGCGGGACUCCCCGCCCGCAGCCCGGGAUGUGCGGGAGCCCCUGGGGUGAAGGAGCAGACCACGACCCUCGACGCCCUCUCCAGGAGAGUGGCUCGAUAGCCCCAGUUUCCUCCGGGCUGGAGGAGGGAAGCUGGGCGAGCGAAGCUGCCCCGGCCAUCUCCCCCGGGACUAGUGAACUGGGGGAGGGGGUGGCGCGGCCGUGCCCCUCGGCAGGAGCCGGCUGGGGCGAGGGGCGCGCUGGCGGGCCCGGGCGGGACUGAACACUCUGGAAGGAGCCACCAUCCCUGGAACUGAGGGACCGCAUCUCUGGACUCGGGAGAGACGAUGGGGGGGCUUGCGCUUUCGCUUGGGGGCAAGUGUCCGAUUUGAGCCGGCCUGCGCUCCAGGGCAGAGGACAGCGCCGGAGUUGGGGCUUCCAGGCCCCACGGGCCGGACUAGGUGCCCAGUGAGCAAGUUCCAUCCGCGAAAGGGUGUUGCGUUGCAAGGAGUUGUUUGGGGCCGCGGAGGGCUGGGUGGGAUUUGGGGGACUCCCGAGAUGUUUGGGAUAGGGGACUGAUGCUGCGAGCCGACCGCUCUGGGUUUUGCUCCUGUGCUUUGUAACUUGCUGAGCUCUAGGAGACUUGGAGUUGCCUCUUAGACUCAGGGUUUCGUCCCGGGUCUGCGAGUUUGUACACUGGGGACUCCGGGAGGAAGGCGAGGCAGCCAAGAGGGGGCCCGAAAGGGGCCGGGAGCGACUGGAGCGAAGCUACGUCUUGCACUUUUGGCAGCUGCGGAGGAGCGCUCGACUCCGCCUCCUCUGCGCCCUGUUGCCGGCGCUGCCUCUUUCCUUGGCUGCGCGAUCUAACCUCACGUUUCCUUCUCUCCCUUUCUCCUAGGCUUCUUUUGGAAGUUCAAGCCCAGGUCACAGAAAGCCAAGAACAAAGCCAAGCCAGGAGUAGAACCUGAGGCCCUUCAAUUUCUGGCGCUUUUGAAUACCUUCCAUAUUAAAGGGGAAGCCUGUUGUGCCAAGUGACACAGGAAUACCAAAAGAGGGCAGAAUUUUGCUCCUAUGAGAUGGAAAAGUUAGCAUCUAUUUCAUCCCUGCUGCUUUGGCACAUUGUGGAGGUUUCCAGGAAUUCCUCAAAGGAAGAAAAUUUGUAAUGUUGGGUCUUUGUCUUCUGAGGAUCAUGAUUUUGACCCCACUGCUGAGAUGUUGGUCCAUGACUAUGAUGAUGAAAGAACUCUUGAAGAAGAAGAAAUGAUGGAUGAGGGUAAAAACUUCAGUUCUGAAAUUGAAGACUUAGAAAAGGAAGGAAACAUGCCUCUAGAAGAUUUAUUGGCAUUCUAUGGCUAUGAACCUACAAUUCCAGCGGUUGCAAAUUCCAGUGCAAAUAGUUCCCCAAGUGAACUGGCAGAUGAACUACCAGACAUGACACUAGACAAAGAGGAAAUAGCAAAAGACUUGUUGUCAGGUGAUGAUGAAGAAACUCAGUCUUCUGCUGAUGAUCUGACACCAUCUGUGACUUCCCAUGAGACUUCCGAUUUCUUCCCUAGGCCUUUACGAUCAAAUACUACAUGUGAUGGUGAUAAGGAAUCAGAAGUUGAAGAUGUUGAAACAGACAGUGGUAACUCUCCUGAAGAUUUGAGAAAAGAAAUAAUGAUUGGUUUACAAUAUCAGGCAGAGAUUCCCCCGUAUCUUGGAGAAUACGAUGGUAGUGAAAAAGUGUAUGAAAAUGAAGACCAGUUACUUUGGCGUCCUGAUGUGGUUUUGGAGAGCAAAGUUAAGGAGUACCUUGUUGAGACCUCAUUAAGAACUGGAAAUGAAAAAAUAAUGGAUAGGAUUUCUGCAGGAACGCAUACAAGGGACAAUGAACAGGCGUUAUAUGAACUUCUCAAGUGUAACCACAAUAUAAAGGAAGCAAUUGAAAGGUACUGCUGCAAUGGAAAAGCAUCUCAAGAAGGAAUGACUGCAUGGACAGAAGAAGAAUGCCGAAGCUUUGAACAUGCACUCAUGCUUUUUGGAAAAGAUUUUCAUCUUAUACAGAAGAAUAAGGUGAGAACUAGAACAGUUGCUGAAUGUGUAGCAUUCUACUAUAUGUGGAAGAAGUCUGAACGUUAUGAUUACUUUGCUCAACAGACAAGAUUUGGAAAGAAACGAUAUUACCAUCACCCCGGAGUUACGGACUAUAUGGAUCGUUUGGUAGAUGAAACAGAAGCUUUGGGUGGGACGGUAAAUUCUUCAGCCUUAAAUUCUAACCGGCCUGAGCCUAUUCCUGAUCAACAGCUGAAUAUUCUCAACUCUUUCACUGCCAGUGACUUGACAGCUUUGACCAACAGUGUAGCAACUGUCUGCAACCCCACGGAUGUGAAUUGUUUGGAUGAUAGCUUUCCUCCACUGGGCAACACACCCCGUGGACAAGUAAAUCAUGUGCCUGUUGUAACAGAAGAGUUACUCACCCUGCCCAGCAAUGGGGAAAGUGAUUGUUUUAAUUUAUUUGAGACUGGAUUUUAUCACUCGGAACUAAAUCCUAUGAACAUGUGCAGUGAAGAGUCAGAACGACCAGCAAAAAGAUUGAAAAUGGGCAUUGCCGUUCCUGAAUCAUUUAUGAAUGAGGUUUCUGUAAAUAAUCUGGGUGUGGACUUUGAAAAUCACACACAUCACAUCACCAGUGCCAAAAUGGCUGUUUCUGUGGCUGACUUUGGCAGUCUGUCUGCCAACGAGACCAAUGGUUUCAUCAGUGCCCACGCUCUGCAUCAGCACACCGCCCUUCACUCUGAGUGACACAGGGAAGGAGCCCAGAAACAGUGUGUGUUCAGUACCAGUAAACUUGAGGGGAGCUAUCAGGUUUGCAUAGUCUUUCACUGGAAGUUUGAACCUUUUUCACUAUGACAUCAGUGAUGUCAGUAUGUAUAGAACUAUAUCUUGAUUUAUCAAGAGUAUUUUCAUUUUUCAAUCCAUAAAUGUGGAAAUGAACUAUGAUCAGCAGAGUUGGGAACUAAGAUUGAACUCUGUGGUGCAGCUUUAAGCUCUGCUUCUCUCUUCCUCAUCCCCCAAUACCUCUUCCCCACUCCCUUCUUUUUCUAUUCUUUUCUGUUCCCCACUGCCCUCACUCCCAAUUUUAAAACCUGUAGACAGAGGCCACCAGCUCAAAACCAGCACAGAUGUUCUGAACUGAAUGGUGUGGCUUCUUUUCAUGUAAAUUCCUUUUGCCGUAACGGAUGCAGUGGAAUAACAAUGUUUACAGGUACCGAUCCCGAUCCCUGCUCAAUGUAGCAUUUUUUUGGUUUUAUUUUCUUAAUUAAUAAAAGCAGGGGUAGGUUUCUUUAAACUGCACAAACAUGCAAGGAUUUUUUUAAAAUGGAAACUUCUCUCAUGUUAUUCAACUAGAGCACUUCAGUUUACAAAACAGCAAGUCCAUCUUUAUGGAAGCCAGCACGAGGAACUGUGUGCAAAUAUGAAGACACUUGCUUGGAUCCUGCUUCAAAAUUCUAGACCAGGGCUACCUUACACAGAAUUGGCCAUUUUACUGCCAGGAGAUUUCUGUGUAACUUCAUUUAUUGGCUAAAAAUUUGGUAUUUGAAGAUGUGGUAUUCAGAUGGGGUUUUGUCCACCAUUGUCAAGAUUGUAAUCUUAAAAAUCAUAUACUGGUCAUUGAUAAUUUAGUUUAUCCUGAGGCAGUUGACUUGCAAAGGCACAGUCUACAAAGCCUAGGAUGUUGCCACUCAAUGGUUUACAUUUUGGGACACCUCUUAAGUUGUUUGUAGCACUGCAGUUCAAAGUGUUAAUAUUUAGAGGGACUUCUAGAUUUUAUACAUAAUGCAGUAGAACCUUGAAGUAUAUUUAAGCUUUUUUGUUUAGCUUGAACACCUAGCAAGAAAAAUGUGAGUUCCUAUCUGAAAUAGAAUGGUACGUUACCACUUUAAGUUUUAAAAAGUAAUAAACAUUCAGAUGUAUCUCAGUUUUAUUUUUAUUCUAAACAUCGUGAAUGGGAAGCCAUUGUCAUAAACUUUGGCCAUUUUUGCUCUAUAGACAUGCCUCUUUAAGUUAUAAGGUGAAUCAAAUAAUAUGUAAUACAGUAUUAGGAUGUAAUAAGCUUUGCUUUUAUAGUACAGUUAAAAUACAAAAUUCCUUUUUUUUGACACCAUCUUAAUUAAAAUUUUUGAUUUUUACUAGUUGUAUUGCUUUGCAAAAAACUUAAAUGUUUGGCUACAUUGCUAAUAUUUGUAAGUGUAAGUUGCUUCAAGGUUGUGCUGAUGAGUAGAUAGGACAUAGUGAUUAGUGAUCGAAAGGGAGGGUAUUUAUUAUACAAACUGUGAACUGCAAUGACAUCCUUAGUUUUGGAUGAUGUGUACUCUUGUUUUUCUUUGCAGCAUUUUAAUGAAGAUUGCUUUGAAGUGUUUACGCAGUAGCAGAUUUACUAUAAAAUUUAGUUUAGCACAGUGGACAAAAGUAGUUAAUAACUUAAAAUCAGUCUCUAAUUUAUACAUCUGAAGUCUAGCAUUCCUAUAUGCACACAGUAAAUAAUGGGUAGCCUGGGCUCUGUUGCUUUCUGAUAUUUUUAUCCAAGGUUGUCAGCUUCUUUUGCUGUGUUGGUUGUGCUAAACUUUGAACCUUAUUUCUUUUAUUAAAAAUCAGUAUACUUUCUAUAAUUUAGUAAGAUACUGGCCAUGAUGUUCCAUUGUUAUAACUUUAAUUUUCACUCUGGGUUUACAGUGGCUGGUCUGUAUAAAUAAUUUACAAAGAUGACUGAAUGCUAAUACCAGUUGCACUUAAAUGAACAUGCCCAUUCUCAAUAGCUGAUGCAGUAAUAUAUUCAGUUUAUCUAUGCAUUGCUGGGAUCUUGAUAUAAGAUGGAAACAGUGUUUCUUAUCUAAAGUUUUGAUUAUCAGCAAGUUGAAUGGACACUUUAGUUAUUUAAAUAAAGAUUUUUGACCAAAAUCCAGAAAAUGGUAUGAGAGAAAAAUAAAUUCCAGCUAGUUUAAUAGAUUUUUAAAUGCCAAUCUGAUUUUAGCCUCUUAGAGAGUGCUAACUAGCUGGUAACGUUUACUUUUAAUUCCUUGUUAAAAUGAGGCAAUAAUUUGCAAGAUUUUUGUAUAUAAAUGUAAAUUCUUCAUAUCUUUUUAGAUCUAAUUCAAUAUUUUCUGACUACUUCUGCCAUGUAUAAUACCAUUUUUGUGCAUGCUUGAUGUGACAUUCAUAAAUUGUACCACUAUGACUUUAUCCAUGUAAAAUAGCUAUUUAUUGAAUUUUCUUUUAAAAGCUGGAUUUACUGUUUUUUCUCUCCGUUUAAACAUCUUAACAGAAUUUGUUACUGUUUAUUAAAAGAAUUGCGUUUGAAAGCAUGAAAAUAACUGAUUUAUAAUCAUAUGAAGAAAUAAUAAUGCCUUUAUUAUCAAGUGUUAAGCACAAUUCUUAUAACAAACUGUGAUAAAUUCUUUGUUUUUUUUCCUUUGCCGCAUUAUUUUUGUAUGAACAAACCAAAAAUUCAUGGUGAGCAGUUGCAGUGUUGGCUGAUAUAUCUUUAAUGUACAGGGAAUUUGACGAGGACAGUGGAUUCAUUUAGAAGUGUAACUGGUGCUGUGAUUAUAGCAAUACUUUACUUUUGUUAGUUGUACUUCAUCUUUUUUACGCUAGCUUUUUAAAUGUUUAGUUUUCCUCUUGUCAUGGUCAACUGCUGAAUUUACUUGAAGGAUGUAGAAUACUGUUUAAAUAAUACUAAAAUCUGUACAAUUAGGUCAAAGAAUUGUGCAAUUGUUUCCUUUUUAAUUUUUAAAAUCGAGGGUCAUAAAUAUUUGAGAAUGCCAGAUCUGAUAGAGCAUAGUGAUACUAUUUAAUUUAACCAAAGUCUCUAGUGAGUAUUUCAACUUUGAAUGUAAACUAACAAAUAAACCUGACCACCAAGGAGAUUGUUUGCCCAGAGUUUCAAAGCACAUUGUCUACAAAUGGGAAUUGAAAUAAUUUAUAAAAAUAUUGACAUUACUAUGUUUUUUAAAAAGUUCCUAAUUUUUUCACUAAAAGGAGGAAACUAUUAGUUUUAUUGUUAAAUAUGGUAGAUAUUAUUCCUCUUAGAUGACCAGUGAUUCCAAUUGUCCCAGUUUGAAAUAAGUACCCUGUGAGUAUGAGAUAAAUUAGUGACAAUCAGAACAAGUUUUAGUAUCAGAUGUUCAAGAGGAAGUUGCUAUUGUUGCAUUGAUUUUAAUAUUUGUACAUAAACACUGAUUUUUUUGAGCAUUAUUUUGUAUUUGUUGUACUUUAAUACCUGGUGUACAGUUCCAGAAAUAAAAAUCUGGAAAUCUU